AUGUCGCUCGCCAAGUUCGCGAAAACCCCAAUGCGCAAUAUCUUCUCGGGCUACUACACCCUUCACAACACUGCGCGAUCACGAGCCUUCCGUCACUCGAUACAAGCAGGCAAGGGGCCGGCACCAGCGAUCAAGGCGUCGGAUUCAGUCCCUCGAAGUCCUAGUCACAACCCAACUCUCCCAUCUUUCAAUCUCUUCCAAGCAAUCCGCGACUCUCGUUCCGCCGUUCGCUAUACCGUCUAUGCCGGCCUGGGCCUGAUGGCUACAGUCGAAUCAACUUUCUGGUUUCAUGUCAUCAAAGCAAAGUUCUUUCCAUCAUCAAGUGCAGAAGAGCAACAGAAGAACGAUCAGUACUUGGCACAUGUGUCAGAGGCUAUCGCAGGGUACAAGUCAAACUGGAUGAGGAGCUACCGCAAAUACUACGAAGGUUAUGUGUGGGGUGUUGGUGAGCGUUAA